UUGGAUAAUAAAAAUGGACGAAACAGGACGCGGUGGUUGCUUGAAUCAACAACAAUAUGAUGUUGUCGUAAGGUUUUUGGCACACGGGCAUUUUCCUAGUAAGAGAGAGUUAAUGGAAGCCAAAUUUGCCAGCCAAGAAGAUAGCGCUCGACCAAGACCUUUUCGAAAAUUUAAAUCAUGGAUGCAAAGGCUGUUGUAUCGCGAAUCAGAAAAUGCCCUUAUCCAUUUGCCCACAGGAAAAGUUGUAGUUCCCAAAGAAAGAUUUGUCCAAAUCAUUGUCGAAAACCAUUGUGAACUAGGUGGCCACUUGAAUGCAUAUGCCACUAUGAGAAAGAUUCAAAAAACAUACACAUUUGGACGAAGAAACUUUGGAAUGAGUGAAGAUCUGGUAAGAAGUGUGAUUAGAAACUGUCCCAACUGUGAAAGACCAAUUAAUGCUAGACAAGGAAUUCCAUUAGAUAAAGAAGGAUUGCACCCUAUUGCCAAAGCAUGCAAACAAAAUGAUGAAGAAAAAAUGUGUGAAACCCAGAGGAAACCAGACACUGUUUUGUCAAACACUAGCACAGGAGCUUCUGCAGCAACUAAUCAAGAUGUACCAACAACUGCACAAACAACAGACAAUGACAACCAGAAAGGGCAACCAAUGGAAGUGAAUAAAACAGAUGACAAAAGAAACAAGACUGAUGUCAAACAAAGUCAUCCCAUCAUUCAUAGCUCUUUGUUGUCUCAGUUGAUGACAACAAGGCCAGGUCAGAGAACCAAUACAGGUCUGAGCACCAGUUCAUCUGUACCAGUGCCCUUGUUAUGUCCUAUCAAUGCACCCAUGAUUCCACUUUUAAGCAUUGCACAAACUGCAAAGCAAGAAAGUUUGGCAAUAGGUGCUAGCAAUACAGCAAAACAGGUUUCAACUGCCCAAACAAAACUCACAUCAGCCAUUGCAUCUAAGCUGAUAGAUAUCAAUUCAAAUUUGGGAUCAUGGAUGGCUCAAAACAUGCAUAAUGUUGGAUACUAUGUAAAGGUGCCCAAUUCAUCUUUACCCUCAGGUUUCUCCUUAUCCUUUGUGACAGCUCCAUUGAUGCAUUUAGGAACUUCCACUCUGUGUUCACCUUCCACUGCUUCAGUGCCCACUCCCAGCCCACUUCCUCCACUUCUAAGGCCCAUGGAUGAAACAGCUAGAAACAAACAUCCAAAUUCUUCAGAGAAAACAGAAGAGAGUCACCCACAGGCAAAGACAGCCAUUUCAAAAAUGGCUACAGCCACUACACAAUCUCGAGACAUUCUUGGCAAGAUUCCAACACCUACAAAGAUAGCAAUACCAAGUUUGGCUAACUCAACCAUGCAGUCCAAGUCCUUGCCACCAAUUAAGCCAAAAGAGGAAACUGAAUUAGGCAAAGCCCUUUUAAAACCUGCAAGUAACAGGGCAGGUUCCAGCAAUGUUUUGUCCACACCACCCAAAAAUCCCAAGAAAGUAACUAAGAAGAAUCCGUCCUCAGGAGUAAAGAGAAAGCUGAAAUUGAAGCUGGAAAAAAUGAACAGAAAAGUUAACUCAGGAGGUAAACAAAAGAAACUUGCCUCUCUUAAGCCUGGAAAAAUGGGAUCUGAGAGUAACAGCAACAAAAAGAAUGAUAAAGAAGAGGUGGAUAAGUUGGAUGACGCAAAUAAAAAUCCUCUCUGUGAAACUUCCAAGAAGAAGAAGAUCAUAGUUGUUAACCCAGAAAAGAUGAGAAAAAUACUUAAAAACAGCUUGAAUGUUCAUAUGAAUAUUAAUUUUAAAGGAAAGUGCAAUGUCAAUUUCCACAAUGAAGCUAGUGGUAUCACCACUUCUUUUCUUGUGGAUGAUGGUCAAAAUACAUCCAUAACAAGUAAAAAUGUUGCCUCAAACUCAAAUGAAGGAACUUCAGCUAAAGUGGAUUUCCAAAGUAAAGAUAUAAAGCAAGAAAUGUUGGAUUAUCCUGGUAAAAUAAAACAGGAGCAUUGUUUAAAAAACAAGUCAGGUGUCACAGAAGGACAGCAAAAUGCUCAGCAAACCAAGACAGAUUCUGAUGACAUGAAUCAGAAAACUGAAAACCUGAAUGAUGGAGAUGAUAACUUUACCCAAGACAUGAGAAGUCUUGUAGGGUCAACUUCAGCUAAAUCAUCAGACAAAGCAAUUACACAAUCCUUGUUCCUUGAUCCUGGUCCAGUCCCUAGCCCCACAAUAUGGACUUUUUCUGAAGAUAUGCUGGCAGAGAAAAAUUGUUAUGGAAGGUUGCUGAUUGCGAUUCAAGACAUGAGAAUGGAUGUCAUGAAGUCUAUUUUGUUUGAUCACCAUGCAAUGGACAGACUGAAAAAAAAAAUAUGCUAUGCAGAAACCCUCAUCAGAAAGCACAAAGAGGAUCGGUGUUCAGACUAAACACGUAAACUGAGAGAAUGUAACUAUGAACAUUUCAAUAACAUGUAUACCGUUCAAGUAUAUGCUUAAACAUAUAGAAACAUUUCUGGGUAUAUAUAUGUUUGUUUUUGGUUUACAUAAACAAUUUAUUUACUCAAACAGAGGACCUGUUUUGCUUUUUCACAUUGCAUGCUUCUUAUUGAAUGUA